AUGUCUGGGGGCACAAAGAGUGAUGAUUGUGUAAUAGCUAAUGGGAGGGUUUACAUUCCUGAAGUAAGAAAUGAGGAAACACCAGCAGUUGGGAUGCAAUUCGACUUGCUUGCCAUCAUUUAUAAUUUCUAUAAUAGAUAUGCAUUCUUGGCUGGCUUUGGUAUUCGACUUCAUUCCAGCUUUUGGGGGAAAAAUAAGAAAGAGAUUCUGAGGAAAGAAUUUGUAUGCUGCAAACAAGGUGCAUAUAGGAAAGAUGAAACUCGGGAGAGAAAAAGACAGCGGGGAAUAAGUAGAUGCAAUUGCAAAGCUAAGAUUGUGGUUGUGAAGACAAAUGGGAGCAAGAAGUAUACCAUAUCUCUUUUUGCAGAGGGACAUAAUCAUAAGAUGACACCCUCAGAAAGAAUGCAUUUAUUGAGAUCACACCGUCGUAUUUCAGUUUCUACAAAAGUACUCACAAAACAGUUGGGUUCGGUUAAUAUUCCCAUUAAUCAGAAGGUAAGUAUUUUCGAGGUGCAAUCUGGAGGAAUGGAUAAAAUCGGUUUUAUUAAAAAAGAUAUCUACAAUCUUGAAUGUAGUGUGAAUGGGAAGCUGAGGAACCAUGAUGUUGAACUAGUGACCGAGUAUUUUAUGGCUGAACAGAAAAAAAAUGAGGCUUUUUAUUUCAAGAUUGAGGGAGAUGGCAAUAACAGGUUUAGUCGAUGUUUUUGGACAGAUGCAACUUCUAGACGGGCGUACGGGUUUUAUGGAGAUGUUGUUGUAUUCAAUACCACAUUCAACACGAAUUGA